GAAACACUACUUCCCUAUCAUCAAAUGUCACGGCACGCCCCUGAUAUCCGGACAGAUCACCCCCGGAAAAAUUCCUGGAGAUUUAUCGAUCUCAUGUCCCCCAGAGCGGUAGGCUUCCACCUUGACAACUCGGCCAGAUAUUAUUGUGGGGGUAAUGCACAAUUGUAUUCACCCAAACACCAAAAUGAAUGACGUAAUGCAUAUUUAAAUGUCGAAUUAAUUAAAUUGUAUGUAUGUAAAUGAUUUGUUCGAAGGCCCACCACAUCCAAGUUUAAGUAAUAUUUUAAAAUAUUAUUUUAUUCUUGAAAUUAUAUUUCGUUCAAUAUGAUAAAAUUCGACAAACAGGAUAUUCUUAUCGAGGGAAAUAACGAACAGGAUGUUGAAUUAACGACAUAAUUAUAUUUUGUAACUAAGUGAUUAAAAUACACCUACAAAACACCCAUACGUCGUGUCUUGUAUGACGUCAACUACAAGAAUCUUCAGCAGGAAAUCUACAGAUUGCGAGUAAAAAAAAAAGAUGUAUUUAUCAAAUACAAUAUUUUAAUUUAAUAGUAAUAAAAGAAUAAAGUGUUUCGUCCUCCUUUACACCAAAUAUGUGUUGAAUGGAUAAAAUUUCUAAGCAUUAACAGUUGGUUUGCGGGUUUGCACCUCUUAGUCAUACGCGAACCUGUAGAGUUUUUUUUUUUUUUUAGUUUUUUUACGCUUCUAACAUGGGGAAAAUUUUCUAAAUAUAAACCUUCCGAGAUGCAUUUUCCCAUGGCAGACCGCCUCACGUGUUGAGUUGUAUUCCAUCAAACCAAACCAAAUCAAAUUGCAAUGUGGGCAAGGCCAAACUCAUAACGGAAGUAAAAAAGUCUUCUUAUCACCCAAAAAGAGGAAAGAGCCGAAAGUAAAGGAAAACACGUGGGCAUAAUGUUUUCUCCAAUAGGAAAUCGAAACGACAGCUCAUUAGAAUGCUGUCAAGUCUUAUCUGGUUUGCAAGUCACUGACAAGAGGAAACAUCAGUAAAAGCAGCAACAAAUUGUUACUCUCUGGUGUUAACGAACAUCCUAUUAUACAACGUGUUCGAUUAUAUUAAAUUAAAUAAAAGAACCUAUUAGAAGAAAGUCUGAUAAAAGGAACGGCGAUGUUUCCGCACAAGAUUAGGUUCGUAAUCUUUUUAAAUUUGAUGAUAUCGAUAAAUUGUUGUGAAGAUUUCUGGAAGGAUUGGUUUUCUUGUUCACCAGAUAACACAUGUUAUCUAUCCGAGAAGUCGAAGGCCGAAAUCGUAGGAAAUACCAUGACAAUCAUGUGCGGGAAAGAUCAUAUCGAUUUACGUUUGAUGCGAUGUUUGGACACCAGAAAUAUUCAGAAAUUACAAAUUAAUCAUUGUCACGCAACACAUUUCGAUGUCAGAAGUUUUGUUUCCAGCGAUGCCAUCACCGAAGUCAACAUUUUCACUACAACGCUUCCGAAGAACUUCGAAAGUAUAGCGUUUACUGAUAUGCCAUUACUAAAAACUGUCAAGAUUUCGGGGACUUCAGAGCUAGUCAACUUGACUUUAGAUAAUCUUCCUUCUCUCGUGGAUUUGCGGGUACAUAAAUAUACCAUUAAUAUGCAUGAAGAGCGAGAUUAUUUGUAUGGGGCAUUGAACAUUCCGCCUAAACUAUUUAAUGAAGUUCCCAAUCUUCGACGUUUGGAUUUGAGUUACAAUAACAUUGAUUCCCUUGAUCAAUCUGUCUUUAGGAAGCUCACUCAACUGGAAUAUCUGAAUUUGGAGGGUAACGAAAUAAAGGUAUUACCGGGUAAACUGUUGAGAGGACUUUCGAAUUUAAGAGUUAUUUUUAUUGCUUAUAACCGGAAAUUAAAGUCAAUUCCAUCUCGACUUCUGAAAGGAUUGAUCAACUUGACUAAAUUUUAUGCCGGAAACUGUUCUUUGUCUAAAAUUAAAAAAGAUUUAUUUACCGAUGCGAUUAACCUGGAGAUCAUAGAUUUAGACACGAACAAAAUUGGUCAUCUGCCGUCUGGAGUUUUCAAAAAUAAUCAGAAUCUACGAGAGUUACACUGUUACGGAAAUAGAAUAUCAACACUUCCAGACGGAAUUUUCGAGGGACUUUCUAAAUUGAAAACGAUUAUUUUGGGUAAAAAUCGAUUAGAAAAUUUUUCUGUAGAUAUUUUUCGUAAUUUACCGAGUCUCGAAAGUCUUAAUUUAGCUGAAAAUCGGAUCACAAGUUUACCUGAAAAUAUUUUCUUUUCGCUUAACAAUUUAAGGACUCUGAUACUCAGUUCUAACAACCUGAGAAGUAUUUCGGGUGAAAUUUUUGGCAGCAGCAAACACCUGGAUUAUGUCAAUUUGAGUAAUACAAGUUUAAGUGAAUGGCCCGUGAUAAAUUGGGCAAAAUACAACUUGACUUAUGUUGAUUUCUCAUUCAAUCGUUUUGAAACUGUGAAACUUCCAAUUUAUACACCAAAUCCUAUGACAUUUAGAUUAUCUGACUGCAAAAUAGAAACUGUUUACAUCGACGAUGAUAUAUACGGAUUCAACACGCCUACUUAUUAUUUGAACAAUAAUUCAAUUUCUUCUAUACAAAGAAUUAAAAACACAAAUUAAUCUGUACUUUGUACAAAAUUAACAUUUAUAUGCUUAGAUUUUAAUCUUUUUGUAGUGUAUUCUUUUAGUCAUUUAACUACAAAUUAAAAACA